AUGUCGGACACAUCUGAUACCGAGAGCACCAGUAGCGAAAGCUCCGUCAAACAGGAGCCAAGAGAAGAGCUGUCGAUGGAAGAAGGCUGCUCUAUUUGCGAAAUUGCCGAUGCCAACGACGUCGACCCUCUCGUUUAUUGCGACCAAUGUAAUGUUGCUGUGCACAAGCUGUGCUACGGGAUUCAAACUAUUCCGUCAGGAGACUGGUACUGUAACACUUGUAAAUACUGGCGAAAAAGGAGAUCAAAAGACCCUUUAACGAGCAUGAAGCCGCUCAAAUGCGUACUCUGUUUCGAUGUAAGAGGCGCCAUGAAAGAGGUCUAUCCAAAGAGAGGCAGCGACGAUACUUGGGCACACAUUCUUUGCGCCCUUUUCUUCGAAGAAGUUCAGUUCAGAGAUCCAGAAACGAGCAGCGGUAUUUCCCAUAUUGAGUCGAUUCCUCACUCCAAAAAGGUCACAGCAGAGAAGAAAUGCGAGUUUUGUACCCGAGAAGGAUAUCUUCGAUUCUGCGAUUGCGGCUGCGGCAAAGCAUUUCAUCCCUCCUGCGCAUCCAGAAAAGGCCUCUGUCUGAUGCUAGACAAUUCACAAAUCGAGAGCAAGCAAACAACGGAAUUCUUCGUUUUCUGCUCCCAGGAAAAGUGCAAAGAUAAGAAGGCGGCUCAUUCGAGGCAUAUCCUAGAAACGCUAGAACGUAAACGAAAGGAAGAUGUGAGAUUAAAGGAUGCGGCGAAGAGAAAACAACUCGAGAAAAUCAAGAACUUGCCAAAGGUAAACUCAACGUUUCCAGGUACCGGGAGGCCCAAGAAAUCUUCAAUUCCAAAGAGAAAAAGCUCCGACGAUGGCUCUCUAGUUUCUGAAAAUGGAAAGAAAGUAAAGCUCGAAUCAAAGCCAAAAGUAGACGAUAAAACGGAAGCGAACGCCUUGAAACUUUUAAAAGAAAGCUUCGAUGAAUUCACUAACAUCGCCGAGAAAGACGACUCACUUACGCCGAUGAAGAUGUUUUGCAAUUUCCUGGAUCGACUUGAUGAAGAAGAGCACAAAUGCCACCCAAAAUUACGAUCGACACUUCAGUCUCUCUGGGGCAUGCAUUGCGAAGCUUUGAGACUCGAACAUGAGCUUGAAGAAGUUCGAAAAACGCAGAAAUUCAUGGAGACGCAAAUCGAGUUUCAGAAACAGAUAGGGUUUUCUGAUAUUCCAACGUUUCCAUACAAGAACCAAAUCAUAAAUCCUUAUUUACUACAUAAACGCGUACAAAGUCAUGAAUGA